AGUGCGCACAGAUGAACGGAUUGUGUAUAUUUUGCCGAGAGUUAAUUUAUAACGUUUUUCUUUUAAGUAAAUAAAACUAAACAUAUAAAUGUGUGUAAUAAUUUAAAAAAAUAACCUUCUAACAUAUAAAUAGUGUUUUCUUAAAAAUACACAUCAAAAAACACUUAUAAAACCUAAAAUGUCACAAAGAGAUUCUGGGCCAAUUCCAAAUCGAUGGCUGAAUUGCCCACGAAAAGCUGCUGGGCUUAUUGCUGAAAAGUUCUUAGCGUUUAAGACACCCCUGGGUCCACAUUUCAAUGAGAAAGUUCCAGUCGAAAAUCGAUUUACGCCAUCCAUUUUAUUUUUAAAUCUGCGAGACCUGAAGAUAAAGUUAGGUCUGUGGAUUGACUUAACAAAUACAUCAAGAUUCUAUGACAAAAAUGAGAUUGAGAAGAAUGGUUGCAAGUAUAUUAAAAUGGCAUGCAGAGGUCAUGGAGAGACACCUACAAGAGAACAAACAAGGCAUUUUAUUGAUACGGUAAAUAAUUUUAUGAAUAAACAUCCAGAUGAUAUGAUUGGUGUCCACUGCACACACGGAUUCAAUAGAACGGGAUUUUUAAUUGUGUCUUUUAUGGUUGAGGAAAUGGAUUUCAGCUUAGAUGCAGCACUGCAUCAAUUUGCUAUUAAAAGAGAGCCAGGUAUCUACAAGCAAGAUUAUUUGGAUGAGCUAUACAAACGGUACGAAGACAGUGCUGACUUUCCCCCUACAGCACCACCAAGGCCACAGUGGUGUAAUGAAGAUGAAGAGGAAUAUGAUGAUGAUGAGUUGCAGGCCAAUUCAUCACAUGCAUCACACUCAUCGCACUCAUCACAUUCUGAAGCAAAUUCAUCACAUAAACAUGACCGAGGUAGAGGUAAGAAAGGCCAUAUGAAACCUAAAGAGUUUAUUCCACCAAUGCAUGGAGUUAACUUUUAUGAUAAUGAGGAUGAUGUGUUAAGUAUACAACAGAAAGCUAAAAAUUUCUGUAAGUGGACAGGGAAAGGCUUUCCCGGCUGUCAGCCGGUUUCAAUGACAGUGGAAAAUAUCAGUCUAUUGCAACUCAAACCUUACAGGGUGUCUUGGAAAGCUGACGGAGUUCGGUAUAUGAUGUUAAUUGAUGGUAAAGAUAGAGUGUUCAUGUUGGACCGAGACUUUUCAAUAUUCAAAGUGGAUGGACUCAUAUUUCUACACAAUAAAACAAUGAAACAUUUGACUGAUACUCUCCUUGACGGGGAGAUGGUUAUUGAUAAAGAAGAUGGUGAAGAGAAACAUAGAUAUUUAUGUUAUGAUAUUAUCAGAUUUGAAAAUCAAAAUGUGGGCAGGGAGUCAUUCUAUCCUGUACGGUUAAUGUGUAUUGAGAAGGAAAUUAUGAAUCCUAGGAAUAGAGCAAUUGCGAGCGGUAUGAUAAGCAAAGGUCCUUUCAGUGUGCAUCUAAAAGAGUUCUGGGACCUCAGCAUGACGCAUUAUUUACUUGAUGAGAAAUUUGCCAAAAAACUAUGCCAUGAACCCGAUGGACUCAUUUUUCAACCAUCUAAAGAGGGCUAUGUGGCAGGCGCGUGUGAUGAAGUGUUGAAAUGGAAACCGAGUGACAUGAACAGUGUGGACUUUAGAUUGAAAAUUACCACCGAAAGUGGACUCGGUAUGUUGCCGAAGAAAAUUGGUCUGCUUUAUGUGUCCCGUGAGAAGAAUCCAAUCAGUAAUAUUAAAUUGACGAAGCAAAUGAAGCAUUUGAACAACAAGAUAAUUGAGUGCAAGUUCGAGAAUGGCCAGUGGGUUUUCAUGAGAGAGAGAACUGAUAAAUCUUUUCCCAACAGUCGCAGCACUGCUAUGGCCGUUUGGGAGAGUAUAAGUAACCCAGUUACAAAAGAGUACCUGCUAGAUUUUAUAAACACAAGGAGUUUCCAUGACGACUCUGAGAUGCCGCCGCCACCGAAACGCAGUCGUGUCUAGACAUUUUAUUCCUUACUAUAAGUAGUAAAUAUA